CACAUGCUUGGGUGGAUGCACUACCUUGGCCGAGGCACCCAGCAGGACAGGCAGAAGGGUAUCAAGAUCAUCCGAGAGAACAGAUCGGAUGAAUUCCCUUUCGGAGAGGACGAGUGUCUGGCGGUUCGAUGUUUCACCUCAUCUAACUCACCCGGGGCUCGAAGGUUCUAUCAACUGUGCCGACUGGGAUCGGACCGAGAGUGGCUGUGCCGACAUCUCGUUGCUGUGUGUUUGUUCGACGGUUUUGGAGUCUCAGAGGACCGGCCGAAGGCAGUGGACAUUUUACAGCAACUGGCUCACGAUGGCCACAGCGACAGCCAGUUCUGGAUCGGAGAGUCGCAUCAAUGUUUCCACAAAAUACCGAGAGAUAGCCAGAGGGCAUUCCAGUGGUGGAGUAGGUCGGCCGACCAAGGAAACCCCUAUGGACAGCGUAGGAUUGGUGUGAGCUACUACCAUGGAGUAAUAGUCUCCAGGAACGAUACCAAGGCAUUCGAGUGGCUCCGUAAAUCGGCCGAUCAGGGAUAUCAAUUAGCGCAGUACUGGCUCGGCGACUGCUAUAAAAGUGGUCGCGGCGUCGCUAAGGACAUCGAUGCCGCUGCCCUCUGGUAUCGCAAGGCUGCAGAGCAAGGCCACGAAGAAUCCACCAAUAUCUUGAUGGUCAUGAACAAGUGGCCCUGAUCCCCGAGUCCCAACCGAACUCUUCCCCCCUCCCUGGAAUAUCACUCCCAAACAAGCAUGUCGCCCCACCGAACAGGCAGCAAGACCAAUCAGUCAAGCCAUUCCUCCAGCCCUCAACAUAUCCGAUAUGCCAAGCAGUAUUGUCACAUAUCUAUUACUGAAGUUGAACAACCAUGAGAAACAUCAAAUAACUUGACGCCGGUAAAAUCGGCACUCAGCGAUCUUGCAGCAUCCCGUAUUUCUGCGGCGUGACUUGGUCGAAAGGAAUCUGAGUGCGAGUCACAACAGAUUGGGUCGACUUGAACUCUAUUGCCGGAGUACUGCAUAUUGAUGAAGGCGAGCCAUCUUAAAUCAAUAAAAUCCUUGUUUGCAAGGAGAUAAGCGACUGUA